UCAGAUCAUAAUAAACUCCCGAGCAAAUAAGCAGCUUGUUGUUUGACAAAUCUCCGAUCAAAAAUGUGUUUUAAGAAAUAAGUGAGGCCAAGUUCUUGGCAAUCCAGUGUUGAAGUGCGUUCCAAAAAGUGGGCUAGCUUUGAGAUGAAAUUCGGUGAAAGUGCUCAUCGUUGGGUCCGCGCAGCCUUUUGGCGAGAGCAAGUAAUUCGCGGGGAAACCUUGCGAAGUAGGUUCCCCAUCCCAGUGUUGCUGACCAAAUGGGGACUGACUCUGAAAGUAGGCCAGAUAAUCUGGUUCGAAAAGGAAUCCAGGGCUGCGAUUCAGGAAAUCUCAGUGAGUCGUGACCUAGAGAUCGUGGUUUUGGACCUGAUUGUGGUUGAUGCCAAUGGAAGGAAGAACCGCGGCGAUCACUUGACCCUGAAUAUACAGGAGUUGGAUCGAAGCCUUCAUCAUGCCAACGAAAGACCAACAUUCCUCCGAAGUGUGCUCAAUGAUGCUCAAGGGAUCCUUCUUCAAAUUGGAGCUUAUCCCGAAUCCAUCCGUCGAUUUCUACGGAAACAUCAACUGACUGCUCUGAUUCGGAAAAAUGUUCAGAUAGCCCUUCAAGGGUUUGCUUCCAUGCACGAUUUCUCCUUGGGUCCAACGGACUUUGCUCAUGAUCCACAUAUUUUCGGCUUGGAGGCCUCGACUCUCUUCUCUUGUGAUCACCAUAUCGAGGAAUAUGCGUCCCAUUCCUCACUCAUGGACAUUCUGCUCAAACCUAAUUGGGAUUGGCGACCUGUGGCCUCGAAUGCGGGUUUCCGCAUCGUUCUCACAUUCCGAAUGUGGAUCGAUUGCGAAGGAUUGAUCCGGAUGUUCGUGCAUGUCGAGCAAUGCCAUGGGGAACCCGAUGCCAGAUGGGACAUGAUGGACCCUUUGACGCCUCGCCAGAUUUAUCUGGCUCUGAACCGUUCCCUCACCCAUUCGAUCCAGCCGAGUAGUAGUCCUUCGAAUCCCCAUUCUCAUGUGAGAGGGUGCUCAAGAGAGACUCUGAAUUGGGCGGGACAGGAUUUGAAGAGGGAUCCCCAAUGCUAUCCCGGUGCUACUAAUUCAUUAGACUACGAUGAGAUCAUUGAAGAUCUGGAAGACAAACAACCCUUGCCAGAUGUCACGGUUUCUAGCGCGGAGGAAGCUAUGGAACAAGUACCAGAUCCCGGUGAUCCUCUGGCUUCCUCCAGUUUUACCUCUGACCACCCAAGUGUAGUGCAGCGUGUCUCCAAAUGCUCCAAAAAUGUGAGCUGGGAACAAGGUCUGACUUUGGAUGAGACCGCGGGUUUAUGACAU